GUACAUACAGUGUAGCUGCACUUCAAGAAAAUACAUAGGUUGCUGGUGAUGCACUUCAAUAGUACAUAGCUGGGUGUAAAUAUCACUUCAAUAGUACACAAAGUGUAGCUGUACCUCAAUAGUACAUGAAGUGGAAAGUGUAUGUGAACCUGUUUAUAUUAGAAUCUUAUUUUUUGUUUCCCAGUACUGUAACAAUUGCUUGUAAAUUUAGGAGAGAUUUAAUAGAUAUGUUAAAAUGUCAGUGAGAAGUAGGCCGCCUAAAACGUGUGGUCUGAAAGGGAAACUUCUGGAUGCCAGACUAUUAGUUUGUGUAGUGUACGUACAUCUACAGAUCGGCCUUAUUUAGCCUCGAAUGUUGAAAAAUACACUUAUCACUUUAAUUAUACUUUGUGUUGGGGUUAAUGAUAACUUUGUGCAAAGUGCAAAGUAUCGUGACAAAGUUGCUAAUAAUCAUAUUUUACAUUUAUACAAACAUAGCCAGUAAAACAUUCAUCAAAAAACAGUCAUCUGUUGUUCACAGUAUGGGGGAUGGAUACGUGUGCACACUUGAUGCAGCCAGUUUGGAGAAGGCGCGUGUAGAGCUUGGAGAGGACCCUCUACAGAGGGAGGCACAGGUGAAACAGUUGAGAGAAUGGGUCGAGUCACAGCCCCAUCUUGUGUGCGGAACUGAAACUUAUUUCAUGCUGCUAUUUCUAAGAAGAUGCAAAUUCUCACAACUUGCUGCACGCAAAAUGCUCGAAGACUUCCUAACACUUUGUACGGAAAUACCCGAAUGGUUCCGGAAUAUUGACCCUUUGAACAAAGGCAUCUCAAGUAUUUACAGCAAGGGGCAUGUUAUACCUCUUCCAGGCCGCGACAGUGAAGGGAGAACAAUUAUCAUAAUGCGAGCAGGAGUAUUUGAUGUAAAAGAUAGUACUAUAGGCCCCAAUGACAUCAUAAAGAACAGCACAGUGGUAUUCAGUAUUCUCCAGAAAGAUGAAAUGGCACAAGUGAACGGCUAUGUUCUAAUAUUUGACUACACAGGCUUUACAGCAAAACAUUUGUCGUUUCUGGGAAUAGAGAUGGUGAAAAAGUCAACAAAAUUUUGGCAGGAUAAUUUUCCUGCCCGAUUCAAGGCGCUACACUAUUACAACACCGGGCCAGUGUUUGAUACCAUUAUGACCAUAACAAGACCUUUCCUUUCAAAGAAAAUCCAGGACAGAAUGUUUACUCAUGGCAACAACUUAGAAAGUUUAUAUAAGCACGUCCCAAUGCAUCUUCUGCCAGAGGAAUAUCUACCAGAUGACUACACUGGCCCAAAUGCUGGUACAAUUCAAAAUAUAUUAGAUGAUUUCGCGAAACGUUUUACUGAUCCGAAGCAACGGGCAGCAAUAAUCAAAUAUACUACAGAAGGAAUGUACAUUGAUGAAAAGAAACGUCCAAGUGUAACUGCUCCAGCUGCAACGUUCAGAAAACUAAAUAUAGACUAAGUAGGAUUAGGUGAUUAUCAGAGGAACACUAUACAACCAAGUCAUUGGGUCCUGCUGAUACUUGGUCGAGGGUGGGUACAUAUAUUGGAAUAUGGACUGAUAAAAUUUUUGUUGUAUCGACGAUUUCCAUUUCUCAAAGAAAGCUUUUUUGCUAAAAUGAGAUGUGAACUAGCACCAAUAAGAAUAUGGACUGGUCGUCAUGAAAGGCUGCAAGUCGAUGAAAGGGGUGUGUGCCUUAUAUGUAAUUCUGCAAUUAAAAAUGAAAUCUGAACUGUUACCGUUUAGACUUGUAUGCAAACGUUUCCACUAUUGAAACUGAUUUUAGAUGAAGAGAGUAAAUUCCAGUGCUAACUGUAAUGUCUCAUGACAGAAUUUGUCUCUUCACUG